AUGCUGCCCCGGACGCCCUUAUAUCGCUGGCUGGCCGUCGUCGCAAUCAUAACCGUCGUGUUCCUCUACCACCCCGAUUUCUCAGGGUCCUCCAUAUCCGCAUACACGUCCGGCGCGGGCUCGAAGUUUGCCAGACCAGAACUCGAUACAGGGAGGUGGGUGAAGGAAGUUCUAGGAAAUGCCAGUAUAGGCCCGGAGAUUUCGUAUGCGGCGCGCACGCUACAGUAUAUUCCUGAUGCGAAGGAGAGACCGCUCACCACGGAGGUUGAUCAUGAGUUAUUCCCGGAGAAGUUUCAAGAUGUCACGCUGGAUGCUGCGGCAAUGUUGCCAGUUGGGAGGACGAUUGGGGUUCAUGUUAAGCCGCUUUCGAGGCCGGGGGAUGUGGAUGCUUCGUCGUUGAUUUUCGGGGCUUCGACUACGUUGGAACGUUUUAAUGAUGAUAAUCUGGGGCCGUUGAAGGAGUUUACGAGAUGGUUGACGGAUGGGAAGGGCAACUCGAACGGUGCUGGUUUGAUUGUUGCGUUGGUCAAUUGUACGGAUGCAGAAUUGGACGCCGCACACCAUCGAUUGGCAGAUGUUGGAAUAAACGCGACAGUGAUUGCAGCGAAUCCAAGUUUGGAUAUGCCAGGGCGAUACGUUGAUCUAGUUCGCAUGAUGUACACGCAUCCCACCGCCAGCCAGCGUAAAUUCUUUACCCUCAUCGACGACGACACCUUCUUCCCCUACAUGUCCGAACUCAUCCGCGAGCUCUUCACCUACGACUAUAACAAACCCUACUACAUUGGCACCUUCACUGAGCGCGUCGACUGGAUCAUCCAAAACCAAGUCCCCAUGGCCUACGGUGGCGGCGGCGUCUUCCUGACUGCCCCGGUCGCGAAAGCGAUUGUCGAAGCAAACUGCAUCGAGAAGCGCGAGAACGGGAAGUACGUCCUCGACGCCUCCCAGGGCGAUCGUCUCCUCUACAACUGCAUCCACACCAAAACCGCCGUCACAUUCACCUACAACGCCCGUCUCAAUCAAAUGGACCAAUUCGGCGAUCCCUCAGGCUUCUACGAAUCCGGCCAUCAACCCCUCAGCGUCCACCAUUUCAAAUCCUGGCACUCCUCACCCGUAGCGAAAAUCCAUCAAGUCGCCGACGCAUGCGGCGAGGACUGCGUACUCCAGCGUUUCAGAUUCAAAGACGACUUUGUAGUCUCCAACGGCUAUAGCGUCGCGCAGUACCCGAAGGGCAUUGAUUUCGAUCUCUCCCAGACGGAAUACACGUUUGAUCCGGGGAAUAACGAUAUCGCGUCUGUGGCGUACGCGUAUCGCUUUGGCGAGAUGAGAGCGAGUCUCAGUAAGACGGGGAGAAAAAAGCAGUGGAGAAUGCUGGAUGCGGUUACGGAGAGGGAUGGACGCGUGAAGCAGGUUUAUGUUAUGAGAGCUAGUGAUGAUCGGUGGGUUGCCGAGGGCGAGGCGCGGAUGGGGAGGGAUGCGGUGGUGGUUUUGACUUGGGUUCCGUAG